AAUCGUGUCACUCAAAUGCCGCGCAAUAAUUCGCGCGGAGGCCGCUGCUACACGAUUCUGGGAGCCGGCAGACAGGUUCCGAACACAAGGACUUUCCGCCACGGCUUACCGGCUGAAUAUAAAAACAACCCCGAGCAGCGACUGUCAUCACUCAGUGCAAGAGCAAACCGUUGUGUAGACGCUCCCAGCGUAACGAUUUCCGCCAUGAAGACCGCCGUCGUUCUCGCCUGCCUGCUGGUGGCCGUCGCUGCCAAGCCCCAAUUUGGAAUCCCAUUUGGCAGUGCCACUGGAGGAGCCAACUCUGGUUCCUUCCAGGGACAGUCGAGUGGUCUCUUUGGAAAUAGCCAGGUCCAGAACAGCUUUGCCAAUGCUGGGGGUUCUGCUUUCGGUGGCGGUGCCUCGCUGAACAGCGCUAGCAGCAACGUCGGACAGAGUAUCGGACUGUUCGGAAAUCAGCAGUUCGCCAGCAACCAGGCCACCAGCAAUCAGUUCGGACGUUGAUUCGUGAUGUCUAAACUGAGCUGUGACUUGUGUUUUCCAUAUGGGUACCUUUGUGAUAAUGUUAUGGUUGGGUAACUGUGUGAUGUUUUGUUUCGACGUGUAAUAAUGAACUGAUAAACGAAAAAUAAACAAAAGAUAAAGA